GUGGCUGUCUUCACGGUGGCCAUACAGGUCGGUGCGUUAGCAUCUGCUCUUUGAGGACAGUGGAUGGUUGUCCACACUCCUUCCCCUCUCUGUCAAGAGGCAUGAAGAUACCUAUUAGAAGCCAGUGAGUGUUGAGAAUUUCUGGAAAGCUUGUCUUAAAUGCCAACACUGAAGGAAUUAAAACCCUGUAUACUGACUUUAAAGAAUUUUCCUAUCAACACGGGAUAGAUUGGCCAGGGAAAAUAAUAACGGUGAUUCUAGAGAAGUCCACGUGGAAAGGCUUUAGGAUUCUGUUGGUGGGCAUGUCUCUCGGAUCCCCCUGUUUCUCUUCAGUGAGCGCAACCAUUAAGUGCUUCACCAUUAGCGUUGUGUCUAGUGUGGACAGGGCCACAGGAAAUUAGAAGCUCGAGCCAGCUCCUGUGCAUUGAGAGUGGGCAGUUGUGAGCAGUGGAGUGCAGAUGAGUGUGAGCUGAGAACCAUCAGAAUGGUUCUGAGGGUCCUGCGUUGUCCUGGAGCCAGCGCUGGGAGAAGCUCCAGGACAGAGCGGGCUGUAUCGCAGGCUGCAGCUGUGCAUCCUGGGACUGAGUUCUGGUCUCGGUUGGACUGGGAUUGUCAAACCCCAGGGUUUUCAGGCACGCUGGCAUCCAGUGUUUAGAGUGUCACUUUGCCCUCGGCAGCUCCUUUGCUAAGUCCCUCCCAGGGCACUGAGGAUACAGACUAAGCAGCAGCAGCAGCGUUGUGAUGCCACAGAUGCACACCGGGGAGGGUUCUGAAGCCUCUCUGCCCACUCUGGGAAAGGCCUGGUAAUGAGGAAUUGUAAUGAGCCUCAAGACACUUGUGUCUACCUUGCCCCUUAACCGGCCACUCGUGAAGAAAGCAAAGAGACAGGCCACUUCGGCUGUACAGCUCCCAGGGUGCCCAUGGAGGUCCUGUCCAGCGUGCAGUCUGAUGCCCAUCCAGCCCUUUGACCAGCGGGAAUGGAAUGAGCCUAUGCACUCCCUCCGGAUCAGUAUAGGGGGCCUUCCUGUGCUGGCAUCCAUGACCAAGGCCACAGACCCUCGCUUCCGCCCCCGCUGGCGGGUGAUUCUGACCUCCUUUGUGGGUGCUGCCCUCCUCUGGCUGCUAUAUUCCCACCAUCAGGCCCCAGUAUCGGGCAGGCCCCCCACCCACAAUGCACACAAUUGGAGGCUCAGCCAGCAGCUCGCCUCUCAUUACAAUGACACCUAUCCCCUUUCCCCCCCACAGAGGACUCCAGGUGGGAUUCGGUACCGAAUCGCAGUCAUUGCUGACUUGGACACAGGGUCCAGGGCCCAGGAAGAAAACACUUGGUUUAGUUACCUUAAAAAAGGCUACCUGACCCUGUCGGACAGCGGGGACAGGGUCAGCGUGGAGUGGGAUAAAGACCAUGGGGUCCUGGAGUCCCACCUGGCAGAAAAGGGGCGGGGCAUGGAGCUCUCGGACCUAAUCGUCUUCAAUGGGAAACUCUACUCCGUGGAUGACCGCACAGGGGUCAUCUACCAGAUCGAAGGCACUAAAGCAGUGCCCUGGGUGAUCCUUUCUGAUGGCGAUGGAACUGUGGAGAAGGGCUUCAAAGCUGAAUGGCUUGCUGUGAAGGACGAGCACCUGUAUGUGGGUGGCCUGGGCAAGGAGUGGACCACCACGACAGGAGAGGUGAUGAACGAGAACCCCGAGUGGGUGAAGGUGGUAGGCCACAGAGGCAGUGUGGCCCACGAGAACUGGGUGGCCAGCUACAACGCCCUGCGAGCUGCUGCGGGGAUCCGACCACCAGGCUACCUCAUUCACGAAUCCGCCUGCUGGAGCGACACACUGCAGCGUUGGUUCUUCCUGCCUCGUCGGGCUAGCCACGAGCGCUACAGCGAGAAGGACGAUGAGCGUAAGGGCAGCAACCUCCUGCUGAGCGCAGCCCAGGACUUCAGGGACAUCUCCGUGAGGCAAGUGGGGACGCUGGUCCCCACCCACGGCUUUUCAUCCUUUAAGUUCAUCCCUAACACGGAUGACCAGAUUAUUGUGGCUCUCAAGUCGGAAGAGGACAAUGGCAGGAUCGCCACCUAUGUCAUGGCCUUCACGCUGGACGGCCGCUUCCUGCUUCCAGAGACCAAGAUCGGCACUGUGAAGUACGAAGGAAUAGAGUUCAUCUAGAUGAGUAACCGCGCCCCCAGCAGGGCGAGCGCCGGUGGCCGUGCUACACCAGGACUCAGUUUCAUAAAAACUGGGAGCGCUUCCACUCGUCUGCUUUUUCCUUUUUUUAACUAAGAGCUGUGUGCCUGGCUAGAGAGUUCCAGAAUAGGGAGCUGAGACCCGGCCCAUAUGGGUGUUCACUCUGAGGCUGGGAGCACAGGAACCCCAGGUUCGCCGCCCACCCGUGCUCGCUCUGCACUGCCACCUGGUGGUAGGGAUUGAUCACUGCUACAGGUACCUUUUGAGCCUCUGACCUUCAGAGUUCAGCCAUGCCUUUCAUUCCUUGGUCUCUGGCCUUUCCAUGAGUUCUCUGUCCAGUAUGUGUUUUUGAAGCAGCCAGGUGUUAAACCCUAGCUUAACCCUGGGAGCACAAGACAGUCUGAGGUAGGCCUGCCAGACAGGCACUCAGAGUCCCCCCUCUUCUUCCCACGUGACCCUGGCAUUCCAUACUCUGCAGACCCCUGGAAAGUGAAUGUUUACAUGGCAGGGUGAGGGCCCACCCCUUGGGAGACACCUGCCCACACUCUGAAGUCACUCUAGCACGGGAUUACUUGUGAGCUGUCAUAACUUCAUUUCUCUUUUAAAGUCUGAAUUAUUAAUUUAUUUUUAUUAAAGCAAUUUCUUCUGAAGAAUAGAGUCACCAGACUUCAUCACACAGUGAAGGUGGAGUUCCCACAUCUACUUCCAGGAGCGAGGGAAUUGUCCCCACAGCCACAAUGGUGACAUUAGCUUUUACAGGAAGGGCCUCAGGAUCCUUGGCCUCUGUCUUCUAGCAACUUCCAGAAGCUGCCAUGCUUUCACCUCUCAGUAGUGGCUGAGGGAGGGACUGCACCUGACUAGAGACCGGCCCUCGGUGGCUCCUGGUGGGAGGUUAGCAACCUUCUCUCCAGGGGAGCCUCACUGUUGUCUGCUGUCCUGGUCUGUCUGUGUUCAAGAGAGCCAAGGCAGCAGGCAGGCUCAGACGGGGUUCUGGAGACAGCAGCACUUAGCUGCCUACAACACCCUUAGAGCAGGACACGGGAACUGCUGUGGGCACCAGGCCCCGAUGACAUCACAAACCCCUUCCACAGGAAGCUAGGAGAGCCUCUGCCACUGGGGCCUGGCUACCCUCAGUCCAACAGGCUGUUACUGACUUGUUCUGAGGUCUUGGUGGACUUGUACUGGGAGCUCAGCCAAGCCUCCUUGAGAUCUGUCCACUGUGAGGUUGUGUGAUCCUGAACUGAAAGAGAUGAAACGAGAGGUUGAGAAAGACCUGGGGCCUCCCGCUGAGAAGCCAUCCACACACCUUCCUUUCCCUAGUGUGAGCAAUGAUUGUGUCUCUCUGUUUUAUAAACAAUAAAGUGUCAGGGGAAUGUGGUU